ACCCCCACUCCCCGGCAACUUCCAUAAUCUCCCUAUUAAAUUUUCCUGGUCCUCCCAUGCCAUGCCAAUUCUUUUUACCGGAAAUGGAAAAGUUUGGAAGGACCAAAGAGCUAGCAGCUGCCCUUCAAUACAUCUCUCACUCCCUCACUCGCUCACCCCCACCAACUUGCUUCAGAGUCCUAACCAUCUGCUCACCCACGACCCAACUGGAGAACCCCAAAACGAGUCCCGGAGCAACUGCAAGAACCGUGAGACUGCGAAGGACCUGUGGUUUGAUCUGCUCCAAGAACUUGCCUUCGAUCUCGGCGUGGUUUCACUUUGAGUUGUUAUUGUAAUUACCAGGCAUUGGCAAUGGCAGGCUGAUCUUCCACAAGCGAUGAAACUGUGCACUGGACUGCUUUCUCAUCUUGGCCUUGGUGAUCUCGACUGAGACUGAGCCUUACCACUUGGCUGUGGCAUGGCGUAUUCUGGACAACGGCAUGGUGGUGUUGGGAGCUCCUCGAGGCCUGGGAAUGGCUUCAAGGGGCAGGCCAACUCGGUCGAAUUUCUGGGAAGGGAGAUGCUGGAAAUGCAACUGAGUGAUGCCAAGCCAGAUGCUGAUGAUGAAAGGGACUUGGGGUCAGACUCAGAUGUGACUGAUGGUUCUAGUGCUGAAGCUGGUCACAUAAUAGCUACGACAAUUCGUGGGCGCAACGGCCUGCCUAAACAGUCGGUGACAUACAUUGCUGAACAUGUGGUUGGAACUGGUUCUUUUGGGGUUGUCUAUCAGGCCAAAUGCCGAGAAACAGGAGAAAUUGUCGCCAUAAAAAAGGUUCUUCAAGAUAAGCGUUACAAGAACAGAGAGUUGCAAAUUAUGCAUAUGCUUGACCAUCCAAACAUCAUUGGUCUUAAGCAUUACUUCUUUUCAACAACUGAAAGGGACGAGCUUUAUCUCAAUCUUGUUCUUGAGUUUGUUCCAGAGACAGUAAACAGGAUUGCAAGACAGUACAACCGAAUGAAUCAACGGAUGCCCCUUAUUUAUGUCAAACUGUACACCUAUCAGAUAAGCCGAGCACUUGCUUAUAUACAUAAUUGUAUUGGCAUCUGCCACCGUGAUAUCAAGCCACAGAAUGUUCUUGUUAACCCACAUACGCACCAGCUCAAAAUUUGUGAUUUCGGAAGUGCUAAAGUCUUGGUCAAAGGAGAACCAAACAUCUCCUACAUAUGCUCAAGAUAUUACCGGGCGCCAGAGCUCAUAUUUGGUGCAACGGAAUAUACUACUGCUAUUGAUCUGUGGUCAACAGGUUGUGUCAUGGCAGAGCUGCUUCUUGGACAGCCUCUUUUUCCUGGAGAAAGUGGAGUCGACCAGCUGGUUGAGAUCAUCAAGGUUUUGGGUACUCCAACAAGGGAAGAGAUCAAGUGCAUGAACCCAAACUACACAGAGUUCAAGUUCCCACAAAUUAAGGCUCACCCAUGGCACAAGGUUUUUCAAAAAAGGCUUCCACCUGAAGCAGUGGACCUUGUUAGCAGGCUUCUACAGUACUCACCAAAUUUACGGUGCACUGCUUUGGAAGCCUGUAUGCACCCUUUCUUUGAUGAGCUGAGAGACCCCAACACUCGUCUACCCAACGGACGACCUCUGCCUCCUCUCUUCAACUUCAGAUCUCAAGAACUAAAAGGCGUUCCUCCAGAAGUCGUCGAACGCCUUGUCCCAGAGCACGCGCGAAGGCAGAGUUUGUUCAUGGCGCUGCGGACCUAGUUUUCGCUGGUCUUUUAGCCCUUUUUUUCCCACUGUUUGUUCCCUGAGGGAAGUUUGUAAAGCUGUAGCUUCUCCUUUCCUUCCCUGCUCCACCUUUCUUUCUUCAGAGUUUCGUGUGGAUGAGAUCAUUGACAGACACUGGAGUUGUUGCUCCAGGAUGUGAGGUUGAAGAGGCUUGUGUGUGGUGUGCAGCUGGUUUGAGGUUGAAGAUUUUGGGUUCACGGUUGUGGGAGGCCUGUGAAGCUUCUGUCUAGUGCUUGCUCCUCUGUGUUUUUUUUAACUGGCUUCGGGAUUUUGUUAUGUGAAAGCUUGUGUGCAGUAAAGGCAGUUGGAUCAUUUCCUUAAAAAAAAAAAAGCA